AUGGUUUUGUCACUCGAACAAGAACUUAAAGGGGGUCAUCCACCAGCAAACAAAGUUGGUGGUCGCCGAGUAAUGAACAAGAAAGAUCGACGCACUUCGGAAAGCGAGAUAACAUCAUCUGAAACUUCGGAUGAACCAAUUAAAGAUCUCGAGAAGGAUACUGCGCUUCCUGGACAGAUGGAUCGUUGUUAUCCUACUACUGCUGUUAAGUUGAGUCAUGAGAAGCCUGUGCCUCAACAUCAACAUACUUAUACGCAGAAUCCACCGUCUCAAUUGAGAACUACCAACCAAGUCUUUCAGCCAAGAAAGCAUACUUAG